UAUUGGCAUAGAAUAACGUGGAUAUUGGCACAGGAUAGCGUGGAUAUUGGCAUAGAAUAGCGUGGAUAUUGGCAUAGAAUAGCGUGGAUAUUGGCAUAGGAUAGCUUGGAUAUUGGCACAGGAUAGCGUGGAUAUUGGCAUAGAAUAGCGUGGAUAUUGGCACAGGAUAGCGUGGAUAUUGGCGUGGCACAGGAUAGCAUGGAUAUUGGCGUGGCACAAGAUAGCGUGGAUAUUGCACAGGGUAGCGUGGAUAUUGGCACAGGAUAGCGUGGAUAUUGACACAGGAAAGUGUGGAUAUUGGCACAGGAUAGCGCGGAUAUUGGCACAGGAUAGCGUGGACAUUGACACAGGACAGCGUAGACAUUGGCACAGGAUAGCGUGGAUAUUGGCACAGGAUAACGUGGAUAUUGGCACAGGAAAGCGUGGAUAUUGGCAUAAAAUAGCGUGGAUAUUGGCACAGGAAAGCGCGGAUAUUGGCACAGGAAAGCGUGGAUAUUGGCUCAGGAUAGCAUGGAUAUUGGCUUAAAAUAGCGUGGACAUUGGCACAGGAUAGCGUAGACAUUGGCACAGGAUAGCGUGGAUAUUGGCACAGGAAAGUGUGGAUAUUGGCUCAGGAUAGCGUGGAUAUUGGCAUAAAAUAGCGUGGAUAUUGGCACAGGAUAGCGUGGACAUUGACACAGGAUAGCGUGGAUAUUGACACAGGAUAGCGUGGACAUUGACACAGGAUAGCGUGGACAUUGACAAAGAAUAGCUUGGAUAUUGACACAGGAUAGCGUGGACAUUGACACAGGAUAGCGUGGACAUUUACACAGGAAAGUGUGGAUAUUGGCACAGGAUAGCGUGGAUAUUGCACAGGAUAGCGUGGACAUUGUCACAGCGAUGUCGGGUGGAGGGAGCAAGCGCCAUCAGGACGUGAUCGCCACCAAGGCUGCUGGAGGGGAGCUGACGAAGGAGGAACUACGGGGGCUGGUGGCUGCUAUCGCUGACGGAACUUUGGAUGAUGUUCAACUGGGAGCGUUCCUCAUGGCCGUUUUCAUCCAAGGCAUGACCACCCGCGAGACUGUCGACCUCACCGUAGCCAUGACGCAGUCAGGUGACGUGAUGACGUGGCCUGAGGGCUGGGUCGUGGGGGACAAGCACAGCACGGGGGGCGUGGGGGACAAGGUCUCCCUCCCCCUAACCCCUGCCCUGGCCGCAUGUGGACUUAAAGUCCCCAUGAUCAGUGGGCGGGGGCUGGGCCACACGGGAGGCACGCUCGACAAGCUUGAGAGCAUCAAUGGUAUGAACGCGUGCCUGACGGUGCAGGAGCUGCAGGAGGCGCUGCGUGCGGUUGGUUGCGUCAUCACAGGACAGACGCGCAGCGUCGUGCCCGCUGACAAGCGCAUGUACGCAGCGCGGGACAUCACCAACACCGUCAGCUCUACGCCCCUCAUCGUGUACAUGAACUAUCCUAUCGGUACUGACGUGUGGUCCAUGUUAGACAUGAACUAUCCUAUUGGUACUGACGUGUGGUCCAUGUUAGACAUGAACUAUCCUAUCGGGCGCGCUAUCGGGAACGCCCUGGAGGUGGCGGAGGCAGUGGAGUGUCUCAACGGCCGUGGACCCGAUGACCUCCGCCAGCUUGUGGUGGCUCUGGGGGGAGAGCUGCUGAGGUCAGCAGGCUUGUGCUCGUCAGCCAGCGAGGGCAAAGAAAAAAUUGCCAAGACCCUCAGCGAUGGCUCGGCAUUAGGAAAAUUCCGCGAUAUGUUGCAGAUCCAGGGUGUUAGUGCUGAGACUGCCUCUGCAGUCUGUAGCGGCGACCCUGCAGCUCUUCCAGCAGCCCCGUACACCACGCACGUCCUGGCAGAGGCUUCAGGCGUGGUGACGGGGCAGGACGCCCUGGCGGUGGCCGAGGUGUCUGUGGCCCUAGGCGCGGGACGGACCAGCGCGGGAGAUGCCAUCCGCUACGACGUGGGCAUCACACUCGACAAGGUGGUGGGGGAGACAGUGAAGCCUGGCGACGUGUGGGCAACCGUCCACCACGGGGAGCCGGCCGUUCCCCCCCACCUGCUCCAGAAGCUGCGUGAAGCUCUCACGGUUGACACGAGCUCCUCAACCGCGUUCACGCCUCCGCCCAGAGUUGUGAACGUUAUUUGAUGCAUUAUUAUUAAAUUAAUGCGUUAGAUAUUUGCAUUACAAAUCGAAUGAUGAUAGAAAUAUCCUCAUUCUUUCGUUUUCUUUAUAUUACUUUAAUUUUUUCCGUUUCUUUUCGUUUCAAGUUCUCCUUCACAUUCUCCCAAAAAAUAUAUAUAAGUAAAAUGAUCUUAUGUUUGUGUUUUAUAUAUGCUUUUGAUGUUUUUGAAAGAUCGAUCUGUUACUAAAGUUUUUGAGGCAGGACUCAAAGUUCAUUGGAUCACUCACUCGUCUGUGAGACGCUGACAAAACAUUAUAUACAUUAAGUACAUGUUGUCUUUUUUUGGGGGGGAGUGUUAGUUGAACCACGACGCCUCUUCUUGAAUAGUCGUGACAAGAGACUAACAGAGAGUAAUACAAACUGCAUUCCAAAUGAAUCUGUAAAGCUCUUUUGAAUGUUAUGGACCUUUAUAUUGAUCGCG